UCAGCUCUCACCCUCUUGGCGCCACAUAGCCCAAGAUGAGCCACAGAAGCGUCCCCUCCUCCUCAUCUCCGCUCCGCCACCAAGAUUCACAAGGAGAAGAAGAGCCGAGCCAAGCUGCCAUCCGAGCAAUCAUCAGCUAGCUCGCUCCUAGCUAGCCAUGGCGCUGGCUCACCAGGUCGCCGCCAACCAGCCGCCGCUACUCUCCUCCCCCGCUCGCCUCCCAAGAACCAGCAAUGCGAAGCAGCUGCUGCUUCUCCAGCCGCCGUUUCUUGGCCGGAGCGUGAGGCUGCGUGGCGCGCGGAGGGCCGUCGUCGUCCGGGCGUCUUCGUCGGCGCAGGCGGAGCCCAAGUCGGAGGGCGGGGAGGGCGGAGGCGAGGCGGAGCCCAAGUCGGAGGGCGGAGGCGAGGCGGAGGAGGAGCGGCCGUACGAGGAGUACGAGGUGACGAUCGAGAAGCCGUACGGGCUCAAGUUCGCCAAGGGCCGCGACGGCGGCACCUACGUCGAGGCCAUCUUCGCCGGCGCCUCCGCCGAGAAGACCGGCGAGUUCACCGUCGGCGACAAGGUGCUCGCCACCAGCGCCGUCUUUGGAGAGGAGAUCUGGCCGGCGGCAGGGUACGGCCAGACCAUGUACUGCAUCCGUCAGAGAGUCGGCCCUCUCUACAUGAAGAUGGAGAGAAGAUUCGGUAAGUGGGACGGUGCUGCUGAGCUCACCGAGAAGGAGAUCAUAAGAGCUGAGAGGAACUCUGGAGUGAUCAGCAACAGGGUGAGGGAGAUCCAGUUGCAAAAUUACCAGAGGAAGAUGGAGCAGAAGAUGCAGAGGGAAGACGAUCUACGCUUGGGGCUUAGGCUGUACAAGGAUGGGAAAUACGAGGAGGCAUUGGAAAAGUUCGAGUCGGUUUUAGGAUCGAAACCGGAGAGCAAUGAAGCUUCCAUUGCCAGCUACAAUGUUGCCUGCUGCUAUUCAAAACUCGACCGGACACAAGCUGGGCUUUCUGCAUUGGAAGAUGCCCUGAAAGCAGGCUAUGAAGACUUCAAGAGAAUUCGCACUGACCUGGAUCUCGCAAACUUGAGGAAAUCAGAGGAAUUCGAACCCAUGCUGAAGAACUACGAUGAGUCGUUCAUCAACGAGAACGCCAUCAAUGCCAUCAAAUCCUUGUUCGGAUUCGGCAAGAAAUGAGCAAUUCAAACAUGGUGGUAGCAGUAGCAGGCAAUGCCUCUUUCUUUGGUCUUGCAGUUUUGCAUACUGCAGAAGCCUACUGGGCUAAGCUAAUGCCCAUACAGUUCAGUUCUCUGUCAUUAGUUUGCAGUUCACACCUGUAGUUUAGCUAUUACUAUUCUUGCUGGGACUUGGGGACUAUCUCCAGGAGAGGUUUCAGUAUUCGAUUGUACUUAACCAUUUGAUGGAGAUACUCUGUGUGCAUCCAAAUGACAAAUCUGGGUAUGUAAAGGAAAUAUACUAUAGUUGUGCUUGUAA